GGUCGUCGCAAACGGGCGUAUUAUCAGUCAAGGAACAAUCGCUAGAAAUCUUGGUGUUUUGACAACCAUCAGAAUACUUGUGACCUCAGCAAUGUCGCCCCAUGCACGAUUUGUCGCUUAUUAUCGUGUGAACAACGAACUGGUUGUCGAUAGCGCCAUCUUGGAAGUUGAAGAAGAAUUGCCCAACCAGGUGCGUGCAACCACAAAGGUUGCAGCGUUAGGGUUGUGUUUUAAUAACUUUAACUUUAAAUGGGAACUGUGUUCUAAUAUCUUAAAUUUUGUAAAUUUUGAGGGCCACAAGUUUAUCAGUUUCUUACUGUCACGUGUUUACCCUCGGUAAAUAUAGCCUUUCACUUCACUUCGCUAUAUAAGGUUGUUGAGAUUAACCGACUUGUUACAAGUUGUUCCAACAAUUCGUCAACAAGUUGCAAGUGACAACCUUGUAGCUACUUGAUAAAGUAACAGCAUUGUUACAACUUGUUGGCAAGCUUGUUACAAGACUGUUGCGAACACAUUUUGUUGACAAGUUGUGCAAUUUUUACGUGAUUACAUUUUGGUUAAAUGUGCAUAAAAAGAGCAAUAAAGUUAAUAUUAAAAUAUAUUUUAGUUUUCCCCUACAUAAUAUUACACUGAAAGUUUUAUUUUGUACUAGACCUCUAACUGGGAAGAACAUUUUAAAAUUGAUUGAACUAUCCUCAGUAUAAAUAGAGUUUUGUAUAUACCAUACUGUUUAUUUUCUCUAGCUAUGUUAUUAUAUUUUCAGGUCUCAUUUCUUGGCAAUCAGCACCCUCAAAAAGCACCGGGAGAUUCUCACAUGAUUGAGAUACAAAGCAGUCCACAUUCUAAAGUUGGUAUAUUGGCCGUUGACCAGAGUGUGUAUUUAUUGAGAAAUGAUAAACAUCUCACCAGUGAUGAGGUAAUGUGCAUUUUUAAUUUAGUUUAGGUUUCCUUCUGUGGUAACACUGGAUGAACACGAAACGAGCCUUACUGAACCUCUAAGGAGAACAGUUUAGAGAUGAUAGAGCCAUCCAGUAUAAAUAUUGUUAGUUUAUUUUAGGUUUUCUCCUGUAGUUAGACUGGAUCAAUAAGAGACGAUCUUUACUGGACUUCUAGGAAGAACAAUUUAGAACUCAUAGAGCUAUCCAGUAUAAAUAAAGUUAGUUGAGUUUAGGUUUCCUCCUGUAGUUACAUAGAAUCAAUGAGAGAUGAUCUUUACUGCGCCUCUGAGGAAGAACAGUUUAGAACUGAUAAAGCUAUUCAGUAUAAGUAAAGUUAAUUUAGUUUAGUUUAGGUUUCCGGCUGGAGUAACACUAGAUGAAUGAGAGACGAUCUUUACUGGACCUUUAAGGAAGAACAGUUUAGAAACGAUAGAACCAUCUAGUAUAAAUAAAGUUAGUUUAAUUUAGGUUUCCUCCUGUAGUAACACUGGAUCAAUAAGAGAUGAUUCUUACUGGACCCCUAUAGGAAGGACAGUUUAAAAAUGAUAGAGCUAUCCAGUAUAAAUAAAGUUAGUUUAGGUUUCCUCCUGUAGUAACACUGGAUCAAUAAGAGAUGAUUCUUACUGGACCCCUAUAGGAAGAACAGUUUAGAAAUGAUAGAGCUAUCCAGUAUAAAUAAAGUUAGUUUAGUUUAGGUUUCCUCCUGUAGUAACACUUCAAUAUAUUCUCACUGCGCAAAUAAGGUUGGGCAUUUCGCUAACAUAGCUUUAUUGUACGUUUUUGCUUUUGGUUCAGGUAUAUAAGAGAAUGAAAUCUCACGACCUCGGAUGUGGUACAGGAGCAGGCGAAAAUAAUAAGGAUGUACUAAACGUAAGUUUUUGGUAAAUGUGUGGACCCAGUAUGGACCUUUGCAGUACACCAUAGAUAUUCAUUAUUUUAUUUCUUUUCAAGCGAGGUGGUCUUGCUGUGAUGACAACCAUCAAUAAUCUAAAAACCGAUACCCGUCCAGGUGAGUUAUUGCAGUGAAAGCUGAGGUACACCGACAAUUAAUUGCUGUAACAAGGUAGCAAGAAACAUAUUGUUAAAUACAGAGACGAGAGAAUUUAUCCAUUGUGUAAAGUUAGUAUUACGUACAAGCUGUAUUGUAUAAAUCGAGGCCUUGCAGAAAUAUCUAUCAUUAACUUUGGGAGGUUCGAAACAGCUUGCUAUGUGAACGAACAUUUCCUUUGGUAACAAAAUAAUUUUUAUUUUCACGUUAGAUUAUUCAUGCGCUGCCAAUGCAAGGAGAAAACGCAGAAAUGCAGGUACGAUGGUAAAAUCAGUUCGACAAUCUUGUUGACUGUACACACAAGAAAGUAAACUUGUCAAGGAAAGCUUAUUAACUGUACAUACGAGAAAGUAAACUUGUCAAGGAAAGCCUGUUGAUCGUACACAGCUUUUCAUGUCAUACAUACUCUUUUCUUCCCAUAUGUUCAGCCGUCGUUGUUGAUCCGCAAUGUUGUCAACUUGGUGAAAAAGUAGACGCAGGAACAUGUCAAGCUCGUGCGAUGAACUUUUCAGUCUCAAAUGAAUCGUCGUCAUUUCACCCACGUGAUGACUGCGUGAUACAAUUCUAUAAAUGCUGUUACAAGAGAUUUGAAAUGGGUAAGGAAUAUAAGCACACGCUAGACAUAAAAUGCAAGGGAGGGCUUUAAGGAAGGAAUUGAUGACAGUAUUAGAAUUAUUGUCAUCUUUUGUGUACAGUUUUUUCUUGGCUAAUUAAGCUUAGUAGCAGUACACUUCAACUUUUUGUCAAAGGGAGAUCUGUUAUUAAGAAGGCAUGGAUAGGAUAAAAGUAGAUUAGAAUGGGCAGCGAUAUUUCCAAUAAACAUUUUUCCUUUGUGAUAUUUUUGUUGUAGCUGGUUCUUAGUUUUUAUACAAUAGUUAAACUUACAAAUCUGACUUUAAUAAGAUACAGCUCAAGUCCGUGCCGCCCAUAAAACUACAGCAUACUGCAUGUAGCCAAAUUGUGCUUAACUGUGGCUACAAGGUAUGUCGAGAUUCGGCGUACUUUAUAGCUACAAAUCUUGGCUAUAUAAGGUAUGCCAAAAACAAAGUACUUUAUAUAGCCACAACCCGUGGUCAAUUUUAAGGUCUAUAUGUUGUAGAUCAUGAAUAAACUUGUCAACUAUUGAGAUUUGGUCGGUAAACGUCAAGCAAUGACUAACAAUCAUCGUUUGUAUUUUAUCUAGAUGUCCGACAAAGGUCUGGCGAUGUUGACGUUCCAAAUAAUCUGUUGAAUGGGCUCGACCUUGACCAGCAUCCAGAACUCCUAAAGUCCCUUUUAGAGGAUGCGCAAUUGAGAACCAACUUCCCUGAGAAAUGGUUGUAUGAAGACGGGAAAGCUGGGUGAGGUUUUCUACAACAGCAACAACAGUAGCAACAACAACAGCAGCAGCAACAACAACAACAACAACAACGUACAACCAACAGCAACAACAGCGGCAACAGCAACAACAACCAACAACAACAACAACAACAACAGCAAAGGUAAUAACAACAACCACCAACAACAACAAUAGCAGCAACAACAACAAAAACAACAACAGCAACAGCAACAAUAACAACAGCUGCAACAACAGCAGUAACGACAACAACCAACAACAACAGCAACAGCAGCAGCAACAACAACAACUACAAAAACAACAACAACAGCAACAGUAAUAACAAUUAAUGACAACAGAAGCAGUAACAACAACAACCAUCAACAACAACAACAGCGGCAACAGCAACAACAACAACAACAACAACAACAACAAAAACAGCAACGAUAACAACAGUACAACAACAACAACAACAACAUCAGCAGUAACAACAACAACAACAGCAACAGCAGCAGCAGCAACAACAACAACAACAGCAGCAACAGCAGCAAGUAGCAACAACAGCAGCAGCAACAACAACAACAACAACAACAGCAGCAACAACAACAGCAACAACAACAACAACAGCAGCAGCAACAGCAACAAC